CGCAUCAGUCAGUCGUUUGUCAGUGCCGUUCGGAACCAGCGAAACACUCGUGUGCGGGUCGUUUCUACCGGGGAACCUAGUGUGCUUCAAAUUUUCAUUCCAACAGCGCUUCCCACCAGCGUCAGCUUUCUGCUCAUUUCGUAUUUUAGCUUGUACAGUGAGUGCGUGAAAGAUGGCCCCGAAUGCAGCAGCCGCCGCAGCAGUGCCGAUUCCUGAGCAGGAGCAAGCCAUCGGUAUCAAUGCCAUCCUGUUGGGACCGCCCGGUUCGGGCAAGGGAACGCAGGCUCCCCUGUUGAAGCAGAAAUACUGCGUGUGCCACCUGUCGACUGGUGACAUGCUGCGUGCGGAAAUCGCCGCCGGAUCCAAGCUGGGCGCCCAGCUGAAGAAGGUCAUGGACGAGGGCAAGCUGGUGUCCGACGAUCUGGUGGUCGAUAUGAUCGAUUCCAACCUGGACAAACCGGAGUGCAAGAACGGAUUCCUGCUGGAUGGAUUCCCCCGCACGGUGGUGCAAGCUGAAAAGCUCGACGAUCUGCUGGAGAAGCGCAAAACCGGACUGGAUGCUGUGGUGGAGUUUGGCAUCGAAGAUAGCUUACUGGUGCGUCGUAUUACUGGUCGUAUGAUCCACCAGGCCAGUGGUCGAUCGUACCACGAAGAGUUCGCCCCACCCAAGCUGCCAAUGACGGACGACGUGACCGGAGAGCCACUGAUGCGUCGUAGCGACGAUACCGCCACAGCACUGGUGAAGCGUCUCGAAGCCUACCACAAACAGACCAAACCAUUGGCCGAAUACUAUGCCCUGCGAGGACAGCAUUUCAGGGUCGAUGCCGCUCGAAGUGCGUCGGACGUAUUCGCCAACAUUGAUAGUAUCUUCAAGACCCAGCGAAAAGCACGGUUGGGUCUGUAAGUGACGUCGCAUUUAACGCAAAUCCCCCUCCUAGUAAGGUCAGUUAUUGUUUCGCGUUUGAGUUUUGUGAUUUUGUUUUAUCAUGCCGCCGGAGAUACGUGUAACCGACGAAAUAUCCCAACAACCAUCAAACUACCUUGAUUAUCAAAGAGCGAGACAGAGCGGGUGCAACUGGGAACGAUUUUCGCCUAAAGUGUAUCCUAUUCGUUCCGUUGUGCCCUUUCACCCGUCUGGGAUUUAUUAAUGUAACCGUUUGUAAAACAUUUCUACAAACAAUCAAGACACUCUAAUCAUGUACCGACGACAAAGCUAACACAAGUAGGUAAACAAAGGAAUUAUCUAUUUAGGGAACUCCCAGACAAUUUAGUAUUUUUAACAAAAUUUAAUAAGAAUGAUACAUCGUCAGCAGAUCAAACUGUGCUGACGUGCGUAUUCAUAUUAUGGAAGAGAAUAAAUAAUAUCAAGUGAAAAGCAUAAAAUGACGAUAAAUGGUGAAGGUCAAUAUUCCGAAAUAAUAGAUCGAAGGAUAAUCCUUGCUGGUUCAAGUGAGCAAAGCGACUUGAAUGGAUCGGAAAGAGUAGCAAGCAAUCGGUUCCAGGCAAUAUCUGUUUUAAAUGUUUAACGUUGUUGGUGGAAGCAAAGCACAUUAAAAAGGAUGAUAUUGUGGUUCGAA